AGGGAGUAAGAAGUAAAAAAAAAAUAAAAAAAAAAAAGUGUUGCGAGUAUUUACUAUUUAAACGAUAGACAUUUAUGGUUUCUACUUUCUAGCGGUUCGUGCCAAAUUGCAAGGUUCAAAUGUAAGAAUAUUUGUGUGCUUUCAAGACGACAAGGCAAGCAACAGAAACGCAAAGGAGCAGCAAGGCAGACAAACAGUCAUCAGUCUCUCUCUCUCUCUUCACACUAGCCCUGCAAUUUGCGCGCGCAAACCAGGGUUUCAAGAAAAAAACAGCGAAAAAGCUGGGAAUUCACAUGUACAGGUUAACAAUGAAAGCGGUUGCUAGUUCAAUGCCGCUGUCACUUCCAAAAUGGCGCUCAGUUGUUCUUCUUCUACCUUCUUCACUCCACAGUUGCUCGUCUCUUCGUUCUUCUUCACUCCCAAUUUGCAGAAGCAGACAGAGUGAAGGAGUGCAAUAUUACAGAGAUAAAGAAGCUCUGAAAGGAACAACUAGGAAAAACAAGAAAGCUAAAGAAUGGAAAGAUGUUCUGAGCGAAAAGGACAAUUCCCAUGUUUUCUGGUGGAAAGAGAAAUUAGGUGCAUGCAGGAAACCUUCAACAGUUCAACUUAUUAAGAGACUUGUCUACUCAAACUUGCUUGGGUUGGAUGUUAACUUGAAAAAUGGGAGUUUAAAAGAAGGGAACCUUAACUGGGAAAUGUUACAGUUCAAGUCAAGGUUUCCACGUGAAGUUCUGCUAUGUAGAGUUGGGGAUUUUUAUGAAGCCAUUGGUAUCGAUGCUUGUGUUCUUGUUGAAUAUGCUGGCUUAAAUCCAUUUGGUGGCUUGCGCACGGAUAGUGUUCCAAGAGCUGGCUGUCCUGUGGUGAAUUUGCAACAAACAUUGGACGACCUGACUCGCAAUGGCUAUUCUGUUUGCAUAGUUGAGGAAGUGCAGGGUCCAACUCAAUCUCGUUCUCGGAAGGGUCGUUUUAUAUCUGGGCACGCCCAUCCAGGAAGCCCAUAUGUAUUUGGCCAUGUUGGGGUUGAUCGUGACCUUGAUUUUCCUGAACCAAUGCCUGUUGUUGGGGUGUCUCGUUCUGCAAAAGGCUAUUCUUUAACCUCAGUCUUGGAGACUUUGAAAACAUUUUCUGUUGAGGAUGGCUUAACUGAAGAAGCCUUAGUCACAAAGCUCCGCACUUGUCACUGCCAUUAUUUGUUUCUCCACAAAUCAUUGAAGCACAACUCUUCAGGAACUUGUCGCUGGGGAGAAUUUGGUGAGGGAGGAUUGCUGUGGGCAGAAUGCAGCUCUCGAUACUUCGAAUGGUUUGAAGGUGACCCCGUCAAAGAGCUUUUGCUCAAGGUGAAGGAGCUUUAUGGUCUCGAAGAUGUUGUUGUAUUCAGAAAUAUAGCCGUUCCUUCUGAAAAAAGGCCCCGUCCUUUACACCUUGGAACUGCCACACAGAUUGGUGCCAUACCAACAGAAGGUAUACCUUGUUUGCUAAAAGUGUUACUUCCAUCAGGUUGCACUGGUUUGCCCCAAUCGUAUGUUAGAGAUCUUCUUCUUAAUCCUCCUGCUUAUGCUGUAGCAGCUACAAUUCAAGAAAUAUGCAAACGCAUGAGCAUUGUGACAUGCUCAAUACCUGAGUUCACAUGUGUAUCAUCUGCAAAGCUUGUCAAGUUACUAGAGCUGAGAGAGGCUAAUCAUAUUGAGUUCUGCAGAAUAAAGAAUGUUGCUGAAGAAAUAUUGCAGUUGCAUGAUAAAUAUGAGCUUCGUGAGGUCCUCGAAUUAUUGAUGGUUCCUACUUCGGUGGCAACUGGAUUGAACCUCGAAUUUGACACACUAGUUAAUGAUUGUGAAUGGGUGUCACGUAGAAUUGGUGAGCUUAUUUCACUAGAUGGUGAACUUGAGCAACAAUUAAGUUCUUUCCCGCAUAUUCCAAGUGAUUUUUUUGAAGACAUUGAAUCUUCUUGGAAAGGGCGUGUGAAAAGAAAGCAUAUGGAAGAUUUUUAUGAAAAAGUUGAUGAAGCAGCCAAGGUCCUUGAUAUGGCGGUAUCGGAGGAUUUUCUACCCAUUAUUUCAAGGAUAAGAGCUUCUAUAGCGCCACUUGGGGAGCCAAAGGGUGAAAUUCUUUAUGCUCGAGAACAUGAGGCUGUUUGGUUUAAAGGAAAGCGGUUUGUACCAUCAGUAUGGUCUGGGACCCCAGGGGAGCAACAAAUUAAACAGCUGAAACAUGCAUUAGAUUCGAAAGGGAAGAAAGUCAGUGAAGAAUGGUUUACCACGACAAAGGUGGAGGAUGCAUUGAUGAGGUACCAUGAAGCUAAUGAAAAGGCUAGAGCCAAAGUUCUUGAACUGCUGAGGGGUCUGUCUGCUGAGUUGCAACAUAAAAUUAAUGUUCUUGUCUAUGCAUCCAUGAUGCUUGUUAUUGCAAAGGCUCUAUUUUCACAUGUCAGUGAAGGAAGGAGAAGGAAAUGGGUCUUUCCUACGCUGGUGGAAUUUAGCAGCUCACAGAAUGGAAAGCUGGAUGGUGAAUCCUUAAGCAUGGAGAUGACUGGUCUAUCCCCGUACUGGUUUGAUAUAGCUCAAGGCAAUGCAGUGUGCAAUACUGUCAACAUGAAAUCAUUAUUCCUUCUAACAGGACCAAACGGAGGUGGUAAAUCAAGUUUAUUGAGAUCAGUCUGUGCAGCCGCUUUACUUGGAAUAUGUGGGUUUAUGGUUCCUGCAGAGUCUGCUUCAAUCCCACAUUUUGAUGCUGUUAUUCUUCACAUGAAAUCCUAUGAUAGCCCUGUUGAUGGGAAAAGCUCUUUUCAGAUAGAAAUGUCAGAGAUGCGUUCACUACUAUCUGCAACAACUUCAAGAAGUCUUGUUCUCAUAGAUGAAAUCUGUCGAGGAACAGAAACAGCAAAAGGAACUUGUAUUGCAGGUAGUAUUGUUGAAACUCUGGAUGCAAUUGGUUGUUUGGGCAUCGUAUCAACUCACUUGCAUGGAAUCUUUGAUUUGCCACUGAGAAGAAGCAAAUCUGUUAACAAAGCAAUGAGUGCAGAAUUUGUUGAUGGUCAAACAAUACCAACUUGGAAGUUAGUAGAUGGAAUCUGUAAAGAGAGCCUCGCAUUUGAAACUGCCCAAAGAGAAGGGGUACCUGAAACACUAGUCAAACGAGCUGAAGAAUUAUAUCUCUCUGUAUAUGCAAAUGAGAUGCCUUUGAAAUAUGACAAAUCUGAUUGUUUUGGCUCUACUGCUAUUGUGAAUAACUCUAAUGAAGCUCACUGCGACAUGAGUACUUCCUUAACCAACCUAAACUUGGCUACCCAAGUGGAAACUCUAAAAAGAGAAGUCUAUAAUGCUGUUACUGCCAUAUGCAAGAAGAAGUUGGCUGAGCUUCAUAAAAUGGCAGACUCGUCUCAAAUUCCAGAGAUUAAUUGCAUUUUUAUUGCUGCUAAGGAGCAGCCACCUCCAUCAACAAUAGGUGCUUCAAGUGUUUAUAUCAUGUUGCGCCCGGAUAAGAAAUUAUAUGUUGGAGAGACUGAUGAUCUCCAAGGUCGAGUCCAAGCACAUCGAUUAAAGGAUGGCAUGCAGAAUGCUGCAUUCCUUUCAUUCGUAGUCCAAGGAAAGAGUGUAGCUUGCCAGCUUGAGACCCUUCUGAUCAAUCAGCUUCCGAAACGAGGUUUCUUCCUCACUAAUAUUGCUGAUGGCAAACACCGAAACUUUGGUACAUGUGAUUCCAUCUUAGAACCAGUUACUGUGUGUAAAUGAAUGUGCAGUUAUCUCAUUCAAAAUUUUGGUUGGAUUCUAGGGAUCAAGGGGGUGUAUAUUGUAUUGGCCCUUAUGAAAUGUAUUUUGUAUGGAAGGAGUAGGACUGUAGGACUGUAGGAGAUGUAUAUUGUUCAUAAUUAACUGGCUAGUGGAAGCAACAAUUUUGUUCAUAAUGCCGAGUUGCCCUAGCAGUGCACUUCCUUACUUGAGUUGAA